CGUCACCAUCACCACCACCACCUUCAGUCAUCACCACCACCACCACCACCUUCAGUCAUCACUACAGCUGUUAUUAGUUUUAGCAGUAAUACAUCAACGCUAGAGUGGAGAGAAUGUGUCUUUAUUGAACCAACAAGUGAUUUACUGAGGCGUCUUUUAAGCUCUCCUUGACACGGUUAUAGGAGUGUGUGGCGGACUGGCUGGGAUACCGAGGAGGAGCGACAAAAGCCCGCCAACCAGCCCAGCAGCCCGCCAGACCGUGUAUAUCAUCCUGACAAUAUUAUAAUGUCAGUGUACACGCUCGCUACCUUCAUCUUAAUUCUCUAUAGUAAAGGGUCCCUCAGUGUAUAUAUACGAAGCGUGGAAGUACCGAAGGAGGCGCGGGCGGAGGAGGACGUAUCGUUGUGGUGCUUGGUGGAUCCUUGGCCUGGACCUUUGUAUUCCCUUUCCUGGUGGAAGGACGGGUCUCAGUUUUAUCGAGCAUCUGUAGCUUACUCCAUUGGCAACCUCGCUACGGUGUUCGCUCUCCCAGGCAUCAAGGUUAAGGCAGGUUUGGGCGGCCUAGGACACGUGGUGCUACAGCGUGUGGGCGUUGCAGCUACAGGGACCUACGUGUGUGAGGCGGUGGCAGACUUCCCGACCUUCUCCCAACACCUGGUCACUGCCAACAUGACCAUUAUAGAUCCGCCCGCUACCCGCCCUAUCUUGGUCGGGUACAAGAUCCGCUACUACCCAGGAGAGGUGUUGGGGGUCAACUGUACUGUGCUGAGAGCUCACCCGACACCUGUCUUCACCUGGUUCAUUAAUGGCCUUCAGGUGGAGGAUGGGGUACAGGAGGUGUUGGAGGUCACCCAAGAGGCCGACCUCACCAGGACUACCACCGCCAGGCUCACCCUCCGACUCAAGAGGCACCACUUCACCAACAACGAGGUCAACCUUACCUGCGGUGCUCGAGUGGGCCACAACCUCUGGAUCACUAACAGCAUCACCACCCAGCGAGCUCGACCCCGUCAGUACCACCACCACCUGAAGAAGGUCAAGGGCGGGGCAGGGGGUCACACGCCCACCAAUCCUCAACAGAGUCUUCAAGUAGGAGGGUCAGCGAGGGGCACUCCUGGCACUGUCAUAUGGAAGGCCCUGAUGUUUGCUGCUGCUGUUGACCUGCUGACGUCACCACUGGGGGCAUGAGGAACCCCCAACCUAACCUAAUCAAACCUAACUAAUGUAAACUCAAAUGACGAUUUUAUUGAAUAUCUAUCUAUCUAUCUCCCCAGGCUAGCUGGAUUUGUGUAAAAAAUGUCGAUGUCUAGUCAAAUAAAGUCCUAACUCUUGGAAGUAUUACAAAUUAUUAUAAAAAUUAUGUUCCAAUACUUUGACAUAGGCACGGGGCUUGGGUGUGUUGAGGGCUAGGCCUACUGUUGUUGUUAUUGAUAAUUUUUAUGUAUUUAAGGACACUAUCUCGAUUAGGAAUAAGUAAAUGCUGAGCUGUAUACCUACAUCUCUAUAUACAUGCCAAACUAAUUGUAGACUUGUAUGAUGUAAUUUUACUGAAUAAAUAUUAUUAUUAUUA